CAGAGUCCGUUUGUCUUGCCCUUCGCUACAUUGGAACGCAACUUGCCUCCUUUCCGCUCCUCGUGCAUCACUUGGCUUCUCCAGAGCUGCUCAGAAGCUUGCAGAAUGGUUGGAUUCAAGCCCACCGAUGUCCCCCCAACAGCCACGGUGAAGUUUCUAGGGGCUGGGACGGCCGCGUGCAUCGCAGAUCUGAUCACCUUCCCCCUGGACACGGCCAAAGUCAGACUGCAGAUCCAAGGAGAGACCAAGUCAGCAGCUAACACAAAAGCUGCUCAGUACAAAGGUGUCUUUGGCACCAUUGCCACCAUGGUGAAGACGGAAGGUCCCACGAGCCUGUACAACGGCCUGGUGGCUGGGCUCCAGCGUCAGAUGAGCUUCGCGUCAGUCCGUAUCGGGCUGUAUGACUCCGUGAAGCAGUUCUACACCAGGGGAUCAGAGCGUGCCGGCAUCGGUAGCCGACUCCUGGCUGGCUGUACCACCGGAGCGAUGGCUGUGGCCGUUGCCCAGCCAACGGACGUAGUGAAAGUGCGGUUCCAGGCCCAGGCCCGAGUGGAGGGUGGCAGGCGAUACCAGGGGACUAUGGAUGCCUAUAAGACCAUUGCCAAGGAGGAGGGACUCAAAGGGCUGUGGAAAGGAACAUCCCCCAACGUGGCCCGUAAUGCAAUUGUGAAUUGCACGGAAUUGGUGACCUAUGACCUGAUCAAGGACAUGCUGCUCAAAUACAACCUCAUGACCGAUAACCUCCCGUGUCACUUCACCUCUGCCUUCGGGGCCGGUUUCUGCACCACGCUCAUUGCUUCCCCCGUCGAUGUAGUGAAGACCAGAUACAUGAACUCUGCCCCCGGCCACUAUGGAAGUGCCGUCAGCUGUGCCUUCACCAUGCUGAGGAAAGAGGGGCCCAUGGCUUUCUACAAGGGGUUCAUGCCCUCGUUCCUGCGGUUGGGAUCCUGGAACGUGGUGAUGUUUGUGACCUACGAGCAGCUGAAACGCGCUAUGAUGGCCGCCCGUGGCUCCUGGGAGGCCCCUUUCUGAGCCUGCCACGUCUGCAACCUGCACCCAUGGCAGGAGCCCUCGCUAGCACAGACUGUCCUGUCUGCGCCCAGAGAUUGUCUCUGGACUCUUCCAAGCUGCCUCCAGCCACUAACAUGUUGGCCUCUAGGCUCUGAGCUUUUUAUUUCUGCUCAUCUUCUGGAACAAAGCUGGGCCUGCAGGGGAAGAGCUGUAGCUGUACUCCCCUGGGAGUGUUGACCCUUUAAAUUGGGGGGUUAUGUUUUUAAUGGCAAGUUUGCUUCUUCCAAAUGUACCAUUU